AUGGUCGAUUUUACCGAUAAUGUCGAACAAUUAAUUCGAGAAACGGAUGAAGCAUUUCAAGCCGCUGGAUUUGCUUUAGGUGAUGCAAAGGCUGCCACUAGAGGAUUUCAACAAGUCAAUAGUAGUAAUAAAGUCAGUAAGAUCACUGGUAUGGGUAUGAACACAAACAGCAUGAACAAUCUGAACAAUCCCACUAUUACCCGACAAAAUCGAUCAAUUGGAAAUAAAUCCAUCGCACGGACCAAUUCAAUCUCGAAGCGCAAUCAAAUGCAGAAUUCCAACAGUUUGAAAGAACGUCCAUUAUCAAUUGGUCUUUCUGGAAAAUCCCCAGUACCAAAAUCUAUCAUCAACUCAAAGGCAAAGAAAUCGAAUGCUCCCAAACAAAAGAAGAUAACCGUGUCGGAUAAGGCGUCGAGAAAGAGUUUACCGCAUCCACAUUCAAGCGCAAGAUGGAACCUGGGAGAUGUAACAGCCAGUAUGGCUGAUGUUUUCAAAGGGAAAUUCACCAGAUUGGAGGCCGAUGAGAUGUUAACUCCGGAUAGAUUACAACAACUUGAGGAGAAGGCGGAAAAGGCAAAGUUGGAAAAUGAAAGAAAGGCUUCAUUGGAAAAUGCUCAAAUUGAAGCCGCUCGAAUUGUUGAAACUGUGAAAGAUGUAGAUGGGAUUUCUUCAAUGGAAAAUUCACAUAAAAGAGAUGGGAUAAAAACGCUUGAUACGAAUAUCACAUCCUCAUUAUCGGACAACUCAAAUAAAAUAUCUCCAACUGAACCAUUUCAUUUGGAGAAUUUAUUACCUCGCAUCAACAAUGGCAAAACAUCCAAUUCACCUCAAACUACCAACUCCUCUUCACCACGUCCAUCUACAUCCACAGAUACAUCUGAAUCUUCGGAGAAAGAACCAAAAGCCGCUCGAAAACCAUUACCCGAUCUACCAGAUUCCGACUAUGAUGAAAUCGAUGCCCUCGAAAUUGAACAAGCAUUCGAAGAUCUUCAUUUUCCCUCUCCACCCCGCGAUCCUCCACAUUCUCCUCCCCGACUCCUACGAAGUCGAUCAAAUACAGGAAUGACCAAUCUUUUACCUACCAUUCCCGAAAUCUCCCCCCUUAACAUGAUAUCCCCACGAACGCCUAAACGAACUUUUUCUCAAGACUCGGAUUAUUCAGAAGAUUCAAGCACUUCUUCAGUAGACUACAUCCAACUCCCUUCCACACCCUAUACACUCACCUCUCCACUUUUCCGUCACGGUCCCAUCCGUCUCGAACAUGCCUAUCACCGUCACAAUCGCGAUUCCAUUUCCCCGCCUGAUCUCGAAGAAGCACUCGAUUGGACUGCAUUCCAAAUGGCCAUUUCCGGAACCAUGGACGAUGGCACAAUAGGCGCUAGCGAAGAAAGUAUCUGGGAAGCAGACGAAGCGGAAAUCGAUAGUAUCUUCGACUGGUGGAGUGGAUUCGGAUACCCUGGAAUCGGUCGUCUAGUCAAAGAAGCUCCUAUCUCGAGACGCAAACGAGGAAAAAGUCUCGCAGCUAACGAUGCGGAAAAAUGUCCCCGCAAAAAUAAAGAAGGGAGAGAUAAUCGCGCGACAACUAUUGGACUUGGACUAGGAUUUGGUCUUCCUAGCGGAAAUCAUAGUGGCAGACCUAAAACUCCGGAAUACAAGGGUGGACUAUGGGUAGAAACUAUUCGGAAUAGUGCGCCACAAUUUGUUGAGCCCAGAUCGACUCUAGGAGCGAGAAGAGGAACCAUGCUUCAAAUGCGUGUUCCGGAACCAAAAAUCGAUGAUGAGGAUCAUGAUAUCGAUAAUGAUAGUUUACCGCCUUCGCCGAUUAAUCUGGUUAAGAUUAAAGAUGAGUAUAUUCCUAUGGGAUAUAAUCUUGGACAUGAUCUGGGCGAUUUUUUGAAUUGGGAAACUUAUCAUGUGCAGAGUCUUUUUGGGGAGGAUGAGGGGAGGAAUUGUUUGUAA